GAAUGGCGAGUGCGUCUUGCUGGUCUCUCAGAAUGACUAAGCAAAUUUCUUGGGAAAGCGCAAAAGACAGAGGAAUACGGGCGUUUUCGAGGCUGUAUCGUUCACGGGCGUGAAAAACUGCGGGAGUUCGCGGUUCGGACAAUGGAUGGAAAAAGAUCUAUAAAAAUGGAUCCUUUGUCACCCGGACCGUGCCUUGACAUCACCGAUGACGAGCUCGUGACGAUAUCUGUGCGGGAUCUGAACAGGCAGUUGAAGCUACGCGGAUUGUCCAGGGAAGAGAUUGUGCGCAUGAAACAACGAAGGCGCACACUGAAGAACAGGGGGUACGCAGCUAGCUGCCGCAUAAAGCGCAUCGAACAGAAAGAUGAGCUGGAAUCCGAGAAGACACAGGAGUAUCGCGACAUGGAGGCGAUGCAGGAGGACAACAAUCGUAUGAGGGAGGAGGUAGAGACGUGGCAUUCAAAGUAUCAAGCGCUCAAAAAAUUCGCUCAGGAAAAGAAGAUUAUUAUUCCACCGGACUUGGAGUCCAUAUAAGAUGUUCAAGUACAUUGUUCAGUCGCAAUGUACGCUAUACUCGGUAUGCCUUUGGUAUAUGGAGUGAUUUGAUGAAUGUUUUAGUGUUGUCCAAUGCUUUUUAAUUUUCUAGCGUUUGUAGUAGGAAAGGCUAUACAACACAUGUACCUGUACAUAUACACAGCUUUUAAUUUAAAGAUAAUUUAGAUCUACAUGACAGGUCUCGUACAAGAUUUUGUUGUCAUCGAUGAGGUCGUUACAUAAAACAUUCUCCUAAGAGAAUACUCUUAUAUAUUAUAAAGCAAUGUAGGAUUGGGAGUAGAGAUAUCAUUAUAUUAUUAUAUUUACAAAUAUAUCGUAUUAGAAUUUUAUUGUAUUUCUGAAAUAUUUUUAUUUUCAGUACAUAAUAUAAGUAUUAAUCUGCUAA